UUAUAAAUUAUAUUACACUUAUUGGACAAGCCAAUAAAUGUUAAACCAAUCCAACAUUAUUUAUCAUGGUAAUUAAUAAAAAAUUUCCAAUGUGAAUGGUUUAAAUAACCAAAUAGUGAUAUAGUUAUCCAGACCCAAAUCAAUUUAACAACUACAUUGCUGUUGUUUUUGAAAAACAGAAAAUAAUCGAUUUUAAUGUGCUCUGCAUGAAAACAAUAGAUUAUCGCAUUCGCUCGAUUACUUCGACUAUAUCGAUUACUUUCGAUGCGAUAACAAAAUGUUCGCUAUGGAAACAUAGCAAUUGUCAAAAGGAAAUUAAAAUUUGAUUUGUGCAACAAGAAAAACGCUGACAGCGACCAGGCGACCAGCGACCGACCGAGAAAACUGCUUCAGCGAUGGCGCUGCCUGAGCAUGCCGAGCUCAAAGAUUUGCAGUGCUUCGAGCUGCGUCCGCUUAUUACCAAUUUCAGCUGUAAGCUUUCCGCUGUCACAGUUACACCGUUUGAUGAAAAGCAAUUCCUGUGCCUGGUCAGCGAGGAAAAUGAGAUUGUGUUGCGCUACAUUAGCCCCAGCGGUGGGGCGCAGGAGGUGCUCAAGAUGAUUUCGUGGUUUCGGCGCACCAAUCGUGUCAUCCAUGACGUCUGCUUUGAUCCUGCAGGCGUGUGGCUCUUGGUUCUGUGUUUCGACAAUACUCUGCAUAUUGUGCCCGCUUUAUCUCUGGUCGACAAGUCGCACAAUCUGGACACAUGUUCGUUGUAUAGCACCAGCCAGGUGACGUCCUACAUCAUCCCUUUUGUGGGUCCCCAUGAAUGCCCUAACUCCAAGAAGUGCCCCAACCAUUCCACGGCUCUCGAAGAGCAGCAGCAACAGCAGCAGGUGGAUGAAUUGGCGGAGCAGCUGCAGCAUGUGGGGCUAGAUAAAGAAGCUGUUGAGAAUAUGGAGGAGGAGCCCUUGGGUCACGAGUUGCCUGAACAUAUGCUGGCCAAUCCCCAGCCAGCAGCUGCAGUGGCAGCUCCAGAAGGCGGAGCAGGUGCGGAACAAUCUGUCCAGCAUAAAGCACAGCCCUUUGAUGCCACGGGUAACAGCCAAGUGAUGGCCACCUCAUUCAUGGCCUCAAAGACCUGUCCUUAUCCGCUCUCUGUCGUUUGGUGGAAGACUUCCAGCGGAUUGAAUCGUGCCAUCAUUGGGUACUCGGAUGGCUCUAUUUGUUUUGUGGGUCUCAGCCCCAAUUGUCCAAUGAUUGCCAGCACAUCCAUCCAAAAUGGUUCAGUGGUACGCUUGACCAUUUGCAAGGACAGUUCAACGUUUGAUGGCGUCAUGUUGCUGAUUACUUCAUCGCUGAAGGAGCAAUUCAAACUCCUGCUCGAACAGAAGGCUAUUAAGUACGUAUAUCCUGGCGACAGCUCACCCACAACACGCGAGGGCGCCUGGCAAAUUGUCAUGGCCGUGCACUCGAGGCAUCAGAAUGCUUCGGGCAACGAUGCGCGUCAGAGCAACAGCUCUGAUCCAGCUUCCGACAGCAGUCAACUGGAAGAGGAUGUUUUUGCGCCUCCUGCCAGCGCAGAUGAAGUGGCGCCCAACACACAAACAGCGCCGCCACCUACUGCGGCUACGACUACGGCUCCUGCUGCUUCCGUUGCCUCUGCGCCCUGUGAGAGCAGCACUUGCUUGCCACCAACGCCGCCUCCUGCGCCGCCUUCGUACAGCGAAAGCAACGCGAUACGUUAUCAACAGCAGCUGACCGGUAAUAGCUUCGAUGGCAUUCUGCCAGCCACGAGGGCGCGGCUUGCUUCGCUCAAAAGUCUUGGCUCCAAAAAGCUACAGGCCAUCAAGAUGCGUCUGUCAGAUCAGCGGCAGAAGAUUGAUGAAUUUAUGCCCGAGUCAAAUGCCGGAACGUUGGCCAUCAUGGACUCCCCAUCGGUGACGCCAGAACCAUUGGGAAACACUCAGGGCUCCUUCUACAACAUUCAGAACCUGCGCAGCACGUAUUUGUUGAGUGCGCUGCACAGCAACAGUUGCAGCCUGACGGUGCACAGCAUCGAUAUCAAUUUGAAGCCAUUGUUUCUGUAUAAGAUUCCCAAGCACUGUGUGGACAUACUCAUUAGCUCUAACAUAUUGUAUGGUGUGCAAUACGUAGACUUGCACAACAACAACGAUUCGGCCAGCUCGACAGCUGCCUGUUCUCUUGAGGAACCCGUCGUGGCUAACACCGAGAAGGAGAGUCUGGAUGCGGACACCGAGAAGCUGGAGCAGAUUGACCAGGGUACCAGCACCAACAAAAGCGACGAGACAAGCGCAACAACGACGAGUGCAUCAAGCAUCGAUCAAAGCGAAAUGCCCACCAACGCCAUCAAUGCGGUCAGCGUCAUCAGCAGCGCGAUGGCUUCACUGCAUACCACCGACGAUGAUCGCUUCAAUCACCAAGCGCAGCUGGCGCUCUUUCGCUUUGAGCAGGAGACUGUGCUCCAUCUUUAUCAGAUGGCACAGUUUCGCAACGAGAGCAAUCCUGUUGAGACGCUAUCGAAGGAUGAGCGAGCAAAGGCAUUCGAGAUCAAGGAUAUUCACACGCCCAUGGACUAUGUGCAGUUCUACGAGUCUGCGGAUGUGAACAAUGAGUUCUCGCUGCGACAAAUGGAGAUUAUGCAGGGCGAGUUUCCCAAGAUCAACUAUGAUCCCUGCUAUGUUAUAACCAAUAAGAAUGUCUACGCCAUUCAACUCAAAAAGGAACCAUUUGAACUCUUCCUGGAUGCGGCGCUGGUAAGCUCAUGGAAUCAGUGCCGAGAGUUUUGCAACACCUUCGAUCUGUCCUUCGAGCACUGCAUUGAGUUUGCCGGCGAUUACUUGCUGCGCCGCAAGAAGAUCACUCAGGCUUUGAUCACGUACAAUGUGGCGAGAGUGAAGCCAAUUAGAACUGCUCUCAAGUUGGCCAUGUAUGGACAUACCUACGCAUUGAUGCAGUUGAGUGCCAUGGCUCUGAAAUCGUCGUAUUUGCUGCGCUCCCGCCACCUGUGUCAUCCGCUGCUGAAGAGCAUGCUGUCGGAUGUCACCUAUCGCCACUCUGAAGAUGUGCGCAGCAUUCUACCGUUGAGUGUGAAGGAUGAGGACACGGUGGUCAACAGUGGCAUAUCCUGCAGCGACUAUCACUAUGGCGUCGACGAUUCAAUCAGUGCACUGCAAAUGUCGCCAUCGUCGCAGUUUCAUUUGGCCAAUUUGUUGUUAAUUACGCUGGCCGAGAAGGCUGUCAAUGACAAGAACUAUUUGCCUCUCUGGAACUUUUUGGUGAGCAACAGUAAAUACCAUACCAACAUGACGAGCAUUGUCCUCUGCCAGAGCGGACUCUUUUCCUCCGCCAUCAUAUUGGCCAAGGUGCGUGGAGUUUGCCUAGACACGUUCAAUGCCUUGGUCAGCGUUGUGGGCCAGGAGUUCGGCUGGUACAAUGAGCUCAACGUAUGUCUGUACAAUCUUAGCCAAAACAUUUUUAUGGAGACUAUCACAUACUUGCCGCUUGUGUCCAUGGACUACUUUACUUUUAUACAAGAUAAACUAGAGCACAUUCGACCCUGUGUGCUGCAGCGUCUGUCUGCGCAGCUUAAUCCUUUUGCAGCUGCACUGCGUCCCAUUGUAUCAUACAGCUGCAGUUCCUCGAGCAACAAUGACAAUAAUGCGCAUCUCUUUGAGUUCUGCAAAUGCCUGAUCGAAACCUAUCUGGCCGUGCUUAUUCACAUGGAGUCGCAGCGCGUCAAGUACGACUCCAUUGUGAACGCUUUGUCCAACUUUCGCAUCAACUAUGAGGACAAUCAGUUUGCCAUUGCAACGUCGCGGUUCAAGCCAAUCUCGGCUGGUUGCGCCUACUGCGCCUGCGUUGUUGAUGGUGUCGCCUACUUCUGGGGUUCCAGCGGAGUGCCCUGCUGCUUUAGCGCGCAGAAGUCAACGGAACCGCCGGAGCCUGCACAUGCUGUCAAGACAUUGGAGCUGCUCUCGCAACUCAACUUGGAAGUACAUGCGCUCAAGUGUGGACGACAACAUACUCUCAUAUUGACCAACAAUGGCCUGUACGCCAUGGGCAACAACAGCCUCUGCCAGCUGGGCAUUGGCCAGCACAUGCAAAUGGCGCUGCAGCCGAUGUUGGUCACAGGCUUGGAUGGCAUGAACAUCACCUUGCUGGAGGCAGGACAAUAUCACAAUGCAGCCGUUGUUGAUGGUAAACUCUAUAUGUGGGGCUGGGGCAUCUAUGGCCAGCUGGGCAAUGGCAGCUGCGAGAACAUUGCAACACCAAAACUAGUCAGUUUCUUCAAGUACAAGAAAGUCUUGCAAGUUUCACUGGGACAUGCGCACAGUUUGGUGCUGUGUCAGACAAUCCACAAUAAUUACUCAGAGGCUAAUCGCUGUGACAACGAGCUCUUUGUGUUCGGCUCCAAUCAUUUUGGCCAGCUGGGCAUUGGCAGCACGGAUCAGUCGGAGACUAAGACGAGUCUGCCACUCCGCCUCAACCUGGGCAACAACUGCAGCUUAAGACUGAUACAUACGAAAUUUUUUUACAAAUGUAAGUGGAGGCAGAAUUCUUUGGAUGAUGUUACUACUGAUCAAUUUUGCUUACAGUUAGCUGUAGAUGAGGAGGAACGCAUGUACACAUGGGGCAGCUCGCCACAGGCGCUGCGUCUGGCCAAUCAAAUAAAGCGUCGUGCCAACGCCAAGCAAAAGUUGGAGGAGAAUCAUCAGCGCGAGAUGCUGAGCAAGCGGCUUGAGGAAACCCUCGUUCCAGCCAGCAAUAGCAAUAGUGCUUUAGUGGAACCGACUACAUCCUACGCUGCGGUGGUCAAUGGUGCAAUUCCUAAGGCCCGAGAAGAAACCAAAGAGUCCAGAGAGAAUGAGGCUAUAGCAUCGAAUGCGACUGAGACUAUUGGCUCAAAGUUGACUGCGUCCACAGAGGCAGAGUCGAGCACUGCGGGGCCAACGACUGUUCCUGUAGCUGCAGCACCGCAGGUCACUGAGCCAGAUCCAACGGAGCACAUGACGCCACAUCUAGUGGACACCAGUGAAGUGGCUGGUCAAAUACUUCAGAUCUCCAGCGGACUGUUUCACUUUGCUCUUAUAUCGUCGACGUGUACGCUGUAUACUUGGGGCAAGAAUCUCGAGCAUCAGCUGGGCACUGAGGAUAAAGAUCGACGCGCCGUCCUAAAGCCAUCGCCCAUCGACAGCAUUGAGAGGCCGAUGUACGUGGAUUGUGGAGCGGACUUCACGCUAGUCAUGACCACGGAUCACAUCGUGAAGGCCUUCGGUGGCAAUUCGAAUGGACAGUGUGGACGCGACUUGGGCGCCAGUCUGGAUCGCAUGCGUCAGCGUGUGGUCUGUCUGCCAACCACCAAGCGUCUAAUGCGAUUCGAGAGCCAGUGUGUUGAGGCGCCAGUGGAGAUUAAUUUGCCACGUCCACGCAUCCGUCUUGAUCAGGAACCAGUGCGUUACUUAAAGGUGAUUCCGCCGUAUCAGCCACACUUUCUGCAGCAGGCGAACAUCAACUUUGAGCACCGCAAUUCCAUGGCCACGCUCAAUAACUACAAGUCGAGCACGGAACAAGCUGGCACAGGCCAGGACUCAGAUGAUUUGCUCAGCAGUCUGGAGAAUCUAAGCCACAACGAUGCCAGCUAUUCGUUCAAUGCAGCACACAUGGCCAACGAUGCCAACAGCUCGUUGGAUCUCGACUACUCGCCGGAGGAGCAAAGCUAUCUACCCUUGCCAAACCAGCCAACGACUGCGGCAGGCAUGACGUGCAAUAAGGCUGCGCUACUUGGACAUGGCAUGGACGAUGUUAGCACCUGUACGCCCAGCACGGAGGAUGGCGGAGAGGGAGCCGGAGCAUUGCAGCCGCUGCGGCAUUAUAUACACUACUGCCUGUAUGCCUUCCACGGCCUGUACAACCCAGAUAAAAUGGGCGAAUGCUCGCGGGCGCAACGCAACGAGUAUCGCAUUCGGAUCUGCAUGCUCAACUUUCGGUUCGUGGAGGCGUUCCAACUCUGUUUGCACAGCUGCGACAGCGGCCAGCGCACACUUAAGCUCUUCGAGUACUUCAGCAAGGACACGGGCUAUGUGCCGCUGCAUCGCUCGGAUCUCAAGCAUCUCAUCUAUCACAUGUGCGUGCACUUUCUGGAGCGCAAGUUCGAUAUGCUCGAGUGUGAGCGCUACUUCAUGGGCGAUCUCGACUACUAUUGGCUGGAGCUGGCGUAUGUGUUUUACUUCAACAACAACAACUCGGCACUUGAGCAGAAUCUCAACCAGAAGUUCAAGCAACUGAUUGCCGCAACCGAUAGCAAUCAGUCUACAUCGUCAAGGAACGAGAAUGUGCUGCAGGACACCGAUGCCAUUUUUGAUAGCUUCACGGUGAAGUUCAAGACGAUCCUCUGCCAGCGUCUGCUCAGCUAUUGUGAUGCCGAUGCGAAUAAUGCCAGCAAUUAGCAUUGGCGGAUAAAUUGGCGUCGUCGUCGAGGGAGAAGGUCGAGGGAGUUGUGGUUCUUGCUUUGAAUUUUCCUAGUUAAUCCAAAAGUAUUCUCGUGUCUCUUUUAAUUCACUUGCGCUUAAGUUAAAAGUUUGUGUUUAUCCUUCUCCUUAAUUGUUUAUAUUCUCAUUUCCUUCGAACAUUUUUAAAGAUUUGUUGUGAGUUCUAGCAGAUCCCCAGAUACCGAUCCACAAAUAGACCAAAGAAACAUCAAUAUUGGCGUCAUUUUUCACACACACCCAUAUAAUACAUAUGCAUAAGUAAAUAAUACAUAUUAUGAUUAUUAUACCAUUAAUCUAUUAUCUAUUACCCGCCCACACACACACAUACACACAUGUUUAUACUUAAUUACAUAAUUGUUGUUUGCGGUUCUCUGCGCAUAUUUAUAUAAAUAGCUUUUAUAGCGAUGUUAUUUAAGAGAAAUAUUUAAGGCAAACAAAUUGUUUAAAGAAUUUAAUUUUGUAGUGCUUUGUUUGCUAUUGGCUUUAAUUAUUCGAAACGCUUUUUGUUCACUCAAUAAAAAUAAACAAACAAAAAACAAAAACACUAUACAA